AUAACGCCUUAAUCCGCAUUCAUAUUUGCCCAAACUCUCUCUCUCUCCUUUUUCAAAAGCUUUUUCCCAUAACCAGUGCGAAAGUAUCCCCAAAUUGAGCAGAGAGAAUGGGAGAGAAAAAGGAAGAAGAAGAACAGAACAAAAAUGGCCAAAUCCCUUCUCAAGCUCCACAGCUCGACGCCGGAGCGCUCUUUGUACUGCAAUCCAAAGGAUCAUGGCUUCACUGUGGAUACCAUCUGACGACGUCAAUUGUGGCACCGGCGUUACUAAGCUUGCCGCUGGCUCUGUCGGCGUUGGGGUGGGUCGCCGGAGUUAUUUUCCUUUUCACGGCGGCUGCUGUUACUUUCUACUCUUAUAAUCUUAUCUCUUUGGUAUUAGAGAACCAAGCUCAGCUUGGCCGCCGGCAGCUCCGGUUCAGAGAUAUGGCUCACCAGAUUCUAGGUUCUACUUGGGGGCGCUAUUACAUUGGACCAAUUCAGUUCUUAGUUUGCUUCGGUGCCGUUGUCGGCAAUGUUCUGCUUGGUGGACAAAGCAUGAAGUCUAUAUACUUGAUCGAGAAACCCGAUGGAACAAUAAAGCUCUACGAAUUUGUGGCAAUAUUUGGGGCCUUUAUGCUAAUUUUGGCGCAGCUCCCAUCAUUUCAUUCUCUUAGGCACAUUAAUCUAAUUUCUCUCUUCCUUUGCUUAUCCUAUAGUGCUUGUGCUACUGCAGGAUCUGUCUAUAUUGGACAGUCUUCUGAUGCCCCGCAUAGGGAUUACUCUCUUCCUAGUGAUGAACAAGACCUAGUAUUUGGUGUAUUCAAUGCAAUUGCUAUUAUUGCCACGAGUUACGGAAAUGGAAUUAUUCCAGAAAUUCAAGCAACAGUCGCUCCGCCGGUGCAAGGCAAAAUGUUCAAGGGGCUUUGUCUCUGCUACGCGGUGGCGGUGGCGACCUUCUUCAGCGUUGCUGUCUCCGGCUACUGGGUGUUCGGAAACCUAGCCAAGGGUACAAUCCUCUCCAACUUCAUCUCCGGAAAUGGAAGACCUUUAGUGCCUAAAUGGUUCCUCCUGAUGGCUAACAUCUUCACAAUCCUCCAACUCUCCGCCGUUGCAGUUGUAUACUUGCAGCCAACGAACGAAUUGCUAGAAGGGAUUUUUGCCGAUCCGCACAAGGGUCAGUACUCGGUUCGUAAUGUGUUUCCGAGAAUAGUUUUCCGGUCGAUUUCAGUGGGGAUGGCGACAGCGAUCGCAGCGAUGCUUCCCUUUUUCGGUGACAUUAAUGCAGUGAUCGGAGCCUUCGGAUUCUUACCUCUUGACUUUGUAGUGCCGGCAGUGCUCUAUAACAUCACUUUCCGGCCGUCGAUGAGAGGGGCUGUUUUCUGGGCUAAUGUUGUGAUAGCUGUGGUUUUCUCUGUAUUUGCGGUUUUGGCAUCUAUUGCAGCCGUGAGGCAGAUACUGUUGGAUGCGAAGAACUAUAAGCUGUUUGCAAAUGUCUGAUGAGUAUGACCUGGACAAGGAGAGGAAGGAGAAGCUCCAAUUUUCAUUCAAGUUUUCUUCUGGCUGAUUCCCUCUGUGCUUUAAUUUGUAAGGCCUCAUUCAAUGAUUUAAAUAUAGUUUUCUAUUGUUAUUGUCACUUGUAUUGAAUAACAAAAUAUGCUUAAUAAAAUAUAUUGAUCACUAUUACUUGAUUA